GUACCUGACCGAUGUAGCUCUUUUUAAAAAAACCCUCUAGUAUAAUAUUGAAUAAAAGUGGUUGAGAGGACAGCUUGCCUUGUUCUCAGUCUUAGCAGCAUUGAGUGCAAUCUUCUGCUCUUGAGUAUAAUGUUACCGUAUUUUUCAUUCUGCCCCUUAUCUAAUAAAGUUUCCUUCUAUUCCUAGUUUGCUGGGAGUUUUACCAGGAGGGAGAUUACAGGGAGUGUCUCCAGAGAAUCUCCGACCCAUCUGUGCACUGGGAGAACAAGAUGGAGCCAAGGGAAGCUGUGCCCAUGCUCAGCGGGAAGGAGCCUGGCCUCUUCAAUUCCUGUGUGGUGGCCUGGGAUUCAAUGUGAGUCUCCCCCAAUUAAGAACCUAUGAGGGCUAAAGAAAUUCGCCUACAAAUGAAAAGGGCAGAAAUGACAAACUGCGAUGAAAGGCCAUAAGGAUGCUCACACCCGAAUCUAAAAAGCCCUUUGUGUGGGCCGCAGCCAAGCAUACUUCGGCAAGAAAUUUCUGUGGCUCUAAACUCCUUUGAAAACUGGAGAACCAAGGCCAGGAGGCAGAAGGAGGUGGCUGACCUGGCCCGGCGGUGGCCCAGCACGCGCAGGACACCCAGAGUGGAGCCACCCCGAGGUGGUUAGUGUUAUAUCCACUGUGCAGAUGAGGAAACUAAACUGGCUUAGAGAAGUGAAGGAGUUCACACCCGCGGGCAGGAGUAGACCACCCUCUCUUUGGUGUCCACACCUCGUUUCUUCAGGACUGAGGAGGCAGCCCUGGAGCUCUGCCUGGGGUGCCUGCACUUGUGGAGACUCCCGUUUCUCCCUUCCCUCAGUUCCCACCCGCCAUCUGCCUCAGAACACCACAUAAUCUCAUCCUACCCUUUACACCACAAGACCCCCAGGACUCCCAGGCAAUGCUCUGCUUUCACUCAGGAAAUUUUAACCUGGCAUUUGGUAAUUGAGAUGUUCACCCUUCCUCAAAAGGACUUCAGGGCUCCCACCACCUGUCUGGGCCCCACCUGCACUCAGGACCUGGGCAGUGGCCAUGGGGAUGAUCUGGAAGGAGAAUGCUCCAGAAAACUGGACCAGAAGCUGCCAGAGCUCCGUGGAGUGGGUGAUCCUGCCAUGAUCUCCUCUGAUACCUCCUACCUGUCCUCUAGAGGAAGAAUGAUUAAAUGGUUCUGGGAUUCAGCUGAGGAGGGCUACAGGACCUACCACAUGGAUGAGUAUGAUGAGGACAAGAACCCCAGUGGCAUCAUUAACUUGGGCACCAGUGAGAACAAACUCUGCUGUGACCUGCUGUCCAGGCGGCUGAGUCAGAGCGACAUGCAGAGGGUGGAGCCAUCCCUGCUGCAGUACGCUGACUGGAGGGGACAUCUGUUCCUCCGGGAGGAAGUGGCCAGGUUCCUGUCUUUCUACUGCAAGAGCCCAGUACCCCUCAGACCAGAGAAUGUGGUUGUCCUGAAUGGUGGUGCCUCGCUCUUCUCUGCUCUGGCCACGGUGCUGUGUGAAGCCGGGGAGGCUUUCCUGAUCCCCACCCCUUACUAUGGCGCCAUCACACAGCACGUGUGUCUCUAUGGCAACGUCCGACUGGCCUAUGUCCACCUGGACAGUAAGGUCACUGGGCUGGACACACGCCCCUUCCAGCUCACAGUGGAGAAGCUGGAGAUGGCCCUGAGAGAAGCUCACUCUGAGGGUGUGAAGGUCAAAGGCCUCAUCCUUAUCAGCCCCCAGAACCCACUGGGUGACGUGUACUCCCCUGAAGAGCUGCAGGAGUACCUGGCAUUUGCCAAGAGGCACAGGCUGCAUGUGAUUGUGGAUGAGGUCUACAUGCUGUCCGUGUUUGAGGAGUCGGUUGGGUACCGCAGUGUCCUCAGCCUGGAAAGGCUGCCUGACCCCCAGAGGACCCACGUGAUGUGGGCAACCAGCAAGGACUUCGGGAUGUCUGGGCUCCGCUUUGGCACGCUAUACACAGAAAACCAGGACGUGGCUACUGCCGUGGCUUCCCUCUGCCGCUACCACAGCCUCAGUGGCUUGGUCCAGUACCAGAUGGCACAGCUGCUCCGGGACCAUGACUGGAUCAACCAGGUGUACCUGCCGGAAAACCAUGCCCGGCUCAAGGCUGCCCACACCUAUGUCUCGGAAGAGCUCAGGGCAUUGGGGAUCCCCUUCUUGAGUCGGGGGGCCGGAUUCUUCAUCUGGGCUGACUUGAGAAAGUACCUGCCCAAGGGCACCUUUGAGGAGGAAAUGCUGCUCUGGCGCCGCUUUUUGGACAACAAGGUGCUGCUGUCUUUCGGCAAGGCCUUUGAGUGUAAAGAGCCUGGUUGGUUUCGCUUCAUCUUCUCAGACCAGGCCCACCGGCUUUGCCUGGGGAUGCAGAGGGUCCGGCAGGUGCUUGCAGGCAAAUCCCAAGUGGCAGAAGACCCCCCUCCCUCUCAGAGCCAGGAGCCAAGUGACCGACGCAGAUGAGCUGGUCAUUGUCUCAUGGCCAGAGGGCCCAGCAGCCACUGUGGACCUGGGGCGUUCCGGGGCUGCAGAAGACUGACUGUGGAGGUGCCAUUUGCCAGGAAGGUAUCUAACUUGGCUUUGUGCCUGAAGAACUGUUUCUUGUCUUUCGCUGUAGCAACGGGAAACUCCUUAAGCUGUGGUUCAGCCUGGGCCCUCCCUCUCUCCUAUUAAACAAAACUGGGAGAGUC